AUGCCAACCCCACAAUCCCUCCGCACACACCUCCUCUCCUCCCUCUCCCCACUCCCAAACACAUCCCCUCUCGGGCUUACCAUCCUUGCCUCUCACCCCAAACGCACUAAAGACCUUUAUCCGCACGCUGUCAGCCCGCCAAAAGCGUUGAAACAAGAUUGGCUGGUGGUGUGUGAUGCUGAGGUUGAGAGUAAUGGGCAGACGGGUGGGGAGGGGCAGGAAGGGAGUCAGGAAGCGACAGUGGGCGGGGAGAAGGAAGGGGAAGGGGUGGAUGGAGAUGCUGGGAAGGGGAAUAAACCCAGGGUACUUGUCGCCGCCAUAUCCGCCUACCUCUACACCUUCCCCUCCCCCUCUUCCUCACCCUCAUCCCCCUCAUCCCCACCAGCAAUCCUCUACAUCUCCAAAGUCGACUCCUCCGGCUACUCAUCCCCUUCCGCCCCCCUCCCCCUUACUCGCCACCUCAUCCGCUCUUUCCUCACCUUCUUCAUCUCCACCCACCCAUCACUCCGGGUACAGCUUUUCGCAAGAGCGCAGAAGCAGUAUUUGUUUGCGAAUUCUGGGGAGGGAGGGGGGAAGAAGGUGCUUGGUGGGAUGGGGCUUUGUAAGUGGUGGAAGGGGGUUUAUGAGGAGAGUGUUUCUGCCUUUGCGGAAGCUCAGGCUCAGGCUCAGAAGGAGAAGGAGAAAGAGGGAGGAGAAGAAGGAAGAGACGUGAAACUCGCAUUCAUACUCCCAGGGUACGAUCAAUCAGAAGCGCACUCCCUUCUCGGUCCCGGUCGGCCCCUACCCGCUGGUAUCACUUGGUCCUAUACCCCGCCAUUUUUGACGCCUGUGGUAGGUGGGAAGGAGAAGGAGAAAGAGGUAGGGUUGGCGGGGCUGAUACCGAGUUUGCCGGAUGAUCCAAAGACGAGGUUUUUGGAAGAGUUGGUUGAUGGGGUGCCGAGGCUUAGGGGUGCGCCUGCGUCUGCUGCUGCCGCUGCCCCUGUUCCUGCACCCACUGCCACCACAUCGACGUCUUCAUCCCCUUCCUCCACCUCGCCCGCACCCCACCAACCCCAAGCUCAAAAAGAAAAAGACCACACCUCUCGCAAAACCCGAGAAACCCGCGAAGCCGAGCACGACCUCUCUCGACGCACCCACGCCCAAGCAUGUCUCGCCAAAGUCGGGGUGGACGAGUUCUGGGAACGGAUGGGGUUCAGGCAGGAAUGUGCGUCGGGGGAUGUCACGGGGUUCUUUUCGUUGGAGACUUUGCCUUCUCGUCCUGUGCCGGGGGACGAGCAAGGAGUUGUAGAGCCUUCUGUUUCAGUGGUGGAAGUGCCAAGCCAAACGCUCCUUCCCCCGCCGAUAACGGAUCGUAUCCUGACGGCGUUGACCAACCUCGAUUUCGCCACGCGCGAGCUCGCCAUAGAAGGUUCCGGCAUAUGGCUGGACCAGACUCAAGGUCUUGUCCGGAGCGAAGUGGGCAAGGAAGGGUGGGAGAAGUGUGUGGGGACGGUGGAAGCGAAGGUUGGGGUAGAAGGACAAGGGACAGGGGCCGGGGAAGGGGUUGGUGGGGAGAAGAGGGCGAAGAAGGAGGAGGUUGUCACGAUGUUGCAGCCGAGGAAGAAGAAGAAGGUUGCGUGA